AACAAACCCCAGAUUUUGUUGAUGUUUCGAUCCGGAUCACCGAGGAAAGAGAAGAACCUAGUUCACACCUGGUUACAGGUUACGCUUAUCGAUAUUGCAUAUGGAUAUCACGAUCUUGUUAUGGUACUAUUUGGCAAAAUUUGCAGGGUGUCUUGGAACUUUUAUGCGAUUGACUUUAUAGUUUGACUAUCUGGGAUGUUAAUGAAUGAACGCUGAAUGUUCAAGAGUUGUGAUUUCGUGUAUGUGAACGUUAUGAGAUGC